AUGGUCGCCAAUCAACUAACUGCCGGGCAGCCUAUAUUCACUCUUGAUCUGUGUGAUCUAUUUGAUGCCAACUGGACCAGGGUAAUCUAUGCCGGCCAGACUGCAACCAGAGGGACUACUAUAGAUGGGGGGUGUGGCUCCAUUGACCUGGAGGCUCGCCUUUGGGACAGACCCUAUUAUGUAUGUCCCAAAGAAGACAGCCCCACCAACUGCAGAGGAGAACCAUAUUUUUUCUGUGGGUUGUGGGGGGAAUGUCUGACAGCAUCUCCAGGGAGGGAUGGUGAUAAGCACCUGAAAGUCACAAGAGUGAUUCGACCAGGUGGCCCGACCGAACCAGGUACUUGCUAUAUUGGAGACUGUAACCCUGUGGAGGUGACGGUCAAAACUUGGAAUGAGACUGAUUCAUGGAUGAGAGGGAGAAUGUGGGGCAUUAAGAUUCCUUUUUCUGAAAAGGACUUUGGGACAUUAUUCACUAUUCAACUGCGGAUGCUGCCAUGGACUCAGAAUCCUAUUGGGCCCUUGAGACCCGUCAUUUUAGGAGAAGACCCCCGACCUACUCUCUCCCCCUCUCUACGGAUGGGUGAAGAGAAUGAGACUAAUGGGGAUCAGACUGACAUUGCACCAAGUGGCACUAAACUGACUGACACAGAACCUUUGCAUCCCAGGGUGAAGCCACUAGUGAAAACUGUAGAAUUAAUGUAUUACCUUUUGAAUGAGUCUGACCCUAACAUAACCAGAAACUGCUGGCUGUGUUUACACCCUGAGCCUCCUUAUUACAUAGGUGUGGCUGCCUCUGCAGGAAUAGGUAGCCAGAAGGGAGACAUAAGGAAGCUGGCUCUAUCCUCUAGCAACUCUAAGGGCCCAGAAUGUAAGUGGGGAGUACAGCCCCACAUGACACUGGGAGAUAUCCAGGGAAGAGGAACUUGUAUUAUCACAGCCAACUAUAAAUUGGAAUCCUCCCCGUACAGGGGAAAUUGCAACCUAACCAUUAAAGUUAGUAAGACUCAAGAGUGGGCGACCCUCCUCAAAGCCCCUGAGGGGACUUGGUGGGCCUGUACUUCGGGCAUGACCCCCUGCAUCACCCCCUACGGAAUGACCAAAGAGGACCUCUGUGUUUUGGCCCAUAUCCUGCCCCAUGUAUACUAUUCCCAUGGCGAAGAAGGUUGGGCUCACCUUGAACGGCAAGGAACAGACUACCUCGGACCAAUAAGACGGAAACGUGUCCCGAUAGUAGUUCCUAUACUCGUGGGGACAGCCAUAGCAGGGACAGUGGCAAUGGGAGCUGCAGCCCUAGCUAAGGAGACUACUCUAGUACAGUUAGAUCAGCAGAUCAAUCAAGAUAUGGCCACACUAGAGGGCACUAUUGAAUCUCUCGAAGGGUCCCUAUCUUCGUUGGCCGAGGUGGUCCUGCAAAAUCGUAGGGGACUUGAUUUGUUAUUCAUGAAACAGGGUAGGUUAUGUGUGGCCCUGAAUGAGGCCUGUUGCUUUUAUGCCAACCACUCCGGAAUGGUGAAGAAAACUUUAAGUGAGGUCAAGAAAAGAAUAGAAGAUAGAGAUAACCGUCUAAGGGACCUGAGCGAGGACAGCUGUUUCCACAAAGUCCUCUCAAAAUUUGAUAUGCUUGCCUUAGGCAGUGUUAUUUACGUUUAUGAAGGCAGGACUACUAGCUGCCUUCAGUUAUCAUGUUUUCAUUAUGAUUGUCCAGUCAGAAAAGUUGCAGACAAAAAGGACUUUGCAUUUUGUGGAGGACCAAUGGAGAAGAAUCUGGCCAUUCAAAUUUCACAAUUACUAAAGCGGAUUGGUUGA